AUAAUACAGUUCUGAGCACACGACGUAUGCAGGGCGCGCCCCCGAGUGUUCCAUUAUAGCGUCACGGCGUAGGGGCGCGCUUGCGCGUGCGCACGGGUUGACUAGCCACCCGGCCACUAUCAAUCGAUCAGAGAGCGGAAGAUGGCGGUGGAUCUAGUCUGAGGGGAGAGAUCGAUCACCGAAUCACUCGAUUGAACGGGAUCAACGAAGUGUAGAAAAAAUCGUCCAAAGCACCGCCAUAAAUGACACUGGAAUAAAGCGGACUGAGACAGCGGUAACACCCAUAAGCCACCAUUAGUCUGCCUGUCUCCACAAUGGACUUCCCCUGGCACAGUGGCAAGGUUCUGGAGCAGCUGAACCACCAGCGCCAGCUGGGCCUGUUGUGCGACUGCACCUUUGUGGUGGACGGCGUGGACUUCAAGGCCCACAAGGCCGUGCUGGCUGCGUGCAGCGCCUACUUCCGCACCCUCUUUCUGGACCAGAAGGAUGUGGUACAUUUGGACAUCAGCAAUGCAGCAGGUCUGGGGCAGGUUUUGGAGUUCAUGUACACGGCUAAGCUAUGCCUGAGCCCGCAGAACGUGGAGGACGUGCUGGCCGUGGCUACGUUUCUCCAGAUGCAGGAGAUUGUCAAUGCCUGCAAGGCCUACCGGUCCCUCUCUGGUCCUCCGUCAGCUAGCGCUGGAUCAGCUCUCACUGCCGACGCGGAGAGGAUGGCGGAGAGAGGGGCGAAACGGGAGAGGGCGGCGUCGGAGGGGGGGUCCAAGGGGGAGCAGACGCUGAGCAGGGGGCCGGCGCAGGAGGAGGCGGGGGUCGUUCCGGAGGGUUCCCAGGUCUCCGGGGACGAGCCCGCCCCCGCCCCCGCCCCGGGGGCUGCUUCCGCCGGCGAGGUCGCCGGACCGGCGAAAACGGAGCGUGACGCCGCCGGCGAGCAGGACGCUGACGACCGGCUCGCCGCGCCGCAGACCUCGCGGCCGCCGAAACCCGCCCCCGCCGCCCGUCAGAGAAAAGCGUCCGCCCCGGCUGAAGGGCCCGAGGAGAAGGAGCUAGGGACGGGCCAGACGGCAGCGAAGGAAGUUCCCGAAUUUCAGGACGACCCCACCGACGUGGACUACUUGCCCAAAGUCCCGCUCAGGUCCACAGCCAGCAGUUCUUACGUAAGCACCCGCAGGGGCAGGACCAAGAGUGCAGUGAGGCCCUCUCUCUCACAGGAUGAAGACUUGGCGAGGGAGAGCAGACAGAAGGGGGACAGCGACGAGAACACAGCUGAGGACCCAGAGGACGAGGAAGACAGAGAGGAGGAAGACGGGGAAGAGGAGAUGGAGGAGGAGGAGGAGGAGGGCGAGGACAUGGAGGAGGACGAGGACACCGGGAUGGAGGAGAGCGGAGGGGAGGGGAAGCAGUCGCGGUCGGGGACGUUCGCAGACCGCAGCGAGUCCCGAGCGUACGGCUCCGUCACGCACAAGUGCGAGGACUGCGGGAAGAAGUUCACCCACACGGGGAACUUUAAGAGACACAUCCGCAUCCACACGGGAGAGAAGCCCUUCAGCUGCAGAGACUGCCACAAGGCCUUCUCUGACCCCGCCGCCUGCAAGGCCCACGAGAAAACGCACAGCCCGGUGAAGCCGUACAGCUGCGGCGCGUGCGGCAAGAGCUACCGCCAGAUCAGCCUGCUGAACCUGCACCGCAAGCGGCACACGGGGGAGGCGCGCUACAGCUGCGACGACUGCGGCAAGCUCUUCACCACGUCCGGCAACCUCAAGCGCCACCAGCUGGUGCACAGCGGCGAGAAGCCCUACCACUGCGACUACUGCGAGCGCGCCUUCUCCGACCCCACCGCCAAGAUGCGCCACCUGGAGACGCACGACACCGACAAGGGCCACAAGUGCCCGCACUGCGACAAGAGGUUCAACCAGGUGGGAAACCUGAAGGCUCACCUGAAAAUCCACAUCACAGACGGCCCCCUGAAGUGCAAAGAGUGUGGGAAGCAGUUCACCACCUCCGGUAACCUGAAGAGACACCUGCGCGUGCACAGUGGGGAGAAGCCCUACGUCUGCAUGCACUGCCAAAGGGCCUUUGCUGACCCGGGGGCGCUGCAGAGACACGUCCGAAUUCAUACAGGGGAGAAGCCUUGCCUGUGUCUCAUGUGUGGAAAGGGGUUCACCCAGGCCAGCUCCCUCAUCGCUCACGUCCGUCAGCACACGGGAGAGAAGCCCUACGUCUGCGACCGCUGCGGGAAAAGGUUUGUCCAGUCCAGCCAGCUGGCCAAUCACAUACGUCACCAUGACAACAUCCGGCCACACAAGUGUCACGUCUGCAACAAGGCCUUCGUUAAUGUCGGGGACCUCUCCAAGCACAUCAUCAUCCACACAGGGGAGAAGCCCUUCCUGUGCGACAAGUGUGGGCGGGGCUUCAACCGCGUGGACAACCUGCGCUCGCACGUGAAGACCGUUCACCAGGGCCGGGCGGGCAUGAAGCGGCUGGUGGUGUCGGGCGCCGACAGCGACGGGGGCGACGGGGGCGGGGACAGGCUGCACCCCGCGUCCACGUCCGCGUCCGAGCUGGACGACAGCGAGGUCAACAUCGUCACGGUCACCACGGACGACAUCGUCACCCUGGCGACCGAGGCCCUGGCCGCCAGCGCCGUGGCUCAGCUCACAGUGGUGCCUGUGGCUGCGUCCGUGUCUGCAGACGAGACGGAGGCUCUGAAAGCAGAAAUAACGAAAGCGGUGGAGAAGGUGCAGGAAGCGGAUCCCAACACCCAGAUCCUGUACGCCUGCGACUCGUGCGGGGAGAAGUUUCUGGACGCCAGCUCGCUGGCCCAGCACGUGCGCAUCCACACGGCCCAGGCGCUGGUCAUGUUCCAGGCCGACUCCGACUUCUACCAGCAGUACGGGGGGGAGGCCGCCUGGCAGGCCACCGAGCAGGUCAUCCAGCAGGGGGAGCUGCUGUUCCGGACGCGUGAAGGCACGGAGGGAGAGGGGGAGGGGGAG